AUGCAAAGUAACCCAUUAGCCAAUGAUGCCGGUCAUGACUACGUGGCUGCAAGGGCUUCCUGUCACCCUGGGGCAGUUUACAUCAGAGGAUAUUGCUAUGAAUUUUUUAGCAAUUCCUUGUCAUGGGACGCAGCAGAGGACGCAUGUCAGAAACUGGGACCUGGAAGUCACCUGGCUUCCAUUUCCAGCAGCUGGGAGGAAAGAAGAAUCUCUACUUACAUCAGAAGCCACAGCAAUGCCAACUGCGUCUGGAUUGGUUUUUACGCCGUGCCACAUUAUAAUACAAUGGAGUGGAAAUGGAGCGACCAGUCCCGAUACAUCUUUGGGGCGCCUCUCUGGGACAAACGCAAACCCAGCACCUCCAUCUCCUCCUUGGAAUGCGUGGCUCUUUGCAACGUCCGGUAUCCAUCAUAUUCCGCCAGAUGGUAUCAGCAGAACUGUGAGACCCCCUACCCAUACGUGUGCAAAUACAUGGCCUAG